GAAUCAGAAUCGGGUUUCUAUUGCGUAAAUCGCGCGUUAAAUGAUUUCAGUAGAAUGUUGAAUCAAAAACCUCAGUCAGUGUUUCCUUCUUUUUAUCACAUUCGACAAUUUUAUUGAUUUUAUACGUGUGAUGGAAUCGAAUCGAAGAGAUAUUUUAUAGUUUAUAACGUGUACGAGCGUUAUCUUAAGCAGUGUAUUAAUAGCAGUGUGUAAUAAUCGGCAGAAAAUUAAAUUAAAUUAAUGAUCGCACGUAUACUGCUGCGUUCGCAAUUAAAAAUCCCGUGAUUUCGGAAACGCAACACGCAGAACGCACGUUUUAGCGCCAAUGAAAACGACCAGAUUUUAAUCUCGUUAUUGCGGCAUUCUGCAUCGUUGGAAUUCAAUUGUUCGACGUGUGCGGACGCACACGGAAAGUGUAACGACCGGAAACUGAAAAGGCCGGAACUGUGCGGAAUUGCGCGGAUACACCGUUUCAUUCCGUACCUGAUGGCCGUAGCCCAGGAGAACCGUACAGUUCGCAUCUCGUUGGUACAGAUAUCACGCCGCCGGCCUUGUCGUCUGAACGCUUCCUCGUGAUUUCGUAAGGUGUAAGGAAAUCGGAGAGUUCAAGUCUGGGCUGCAAGAAUAAGGAAAGAUUCCACCAGACAAACCACAUGUCAAGAUUAUCAUCGGCGGGCCUCAAGGAUCCCGAUGAGCGAGUAGCAACGAACAACAACACAUGACGCACGUACGCGAGCAAGUGCAAACCUUGUGAGAAAUAGGCAAACGAAAAGAAGGACCGCAACUAGGGAUAUGUGGUGGUGGAUUCUAUUGCUGAGCUGCUGGUCGUCCUCUUCGUCGCGGAGUAUGACCUGGUAUCCGUCGACAACCUUGAACGCGAUGUUCGGCGAACAGGUUGAUCUCGUGGGUGCUGUGCAAAAUGCGAGCUACUUACCCGACUGGAGGAAAAGUCUCGCGAACAACGGAGUCAAUGAUGCGACGAGCAAUGGGGAAUCUGCGGAUUCCGUCGAUUCGCGGCAGCCUCCCGUUAAUUCCAUCGAUCGCGAUCGCGAUCGCGAGCCGUUAGACGAAGUGGAGCGCAUCGAGCCCAGGCAGUGGCCAGGUAGACCGGACAUCCUGCCGACUCGUAGCACCGCGCCUUUCACCACGGAAACCUCUUUGUUACCCGGGCCUCCGUAUCCCACCACGCUCGCGCAGAGGAACCCUUCCUCGCAAAGGUUCCCUACGAUCACGGUACCACCGCCGACGGUUACAGUGGAUGAAGUUUUCUGCGACUUUGGACCGAGUCCUUCGAUGCCGCUCUGCGAGUGGCAGAAUGGUAACGCCGCCUUAGAUUGGAUGCCCGGUACCGGAAUGGGUACCAACUGGUUGGGUGGACCUGCAGCUGAUGCUACGAGCGGUACCAUGGAAGGAGGGUAUGCCUUCGUGGAGACGUCGCAUGUACCAUCGAAGGAUCUCAAGUUCAAGAGCUCUGGCGGUCUCCUGCACAGCCCACAAUUGGGCAGCACUGGAGUCUCCGGUACUUGCUUCAUGUUUAAGUACACCAUGGACGGCCUCAGCAUCGCAGGGCUGCGAGUGCUGCUGCACGUUGGCGUGGACGAGUUCUCGUUCAAGAAAGAGCAGUCCGAGGAGCUGCCUGUGGAGAAUGUCACUGCUCCGGCGCCUUGCGAACCGGUGGAGGUUGCAGAGGAGCGCGUGUUAUGGCACGCGCAGUAUUACACGCUCGGAGUAUGGCAACAGGCGCAAAUACUCUACACGUAUCCUGCGUUGCACUCGGUGAUCAUCGAAGGUGUGCCGGUGGACUCCACGGACCCGUCGCGUCUGUAUCGCGGGUACAUCGCCGUCGAUGACAUAGACCUGCAGCCUGGCACGUCGUGCGUCGGAUUCUGCAACUUCGCCGGCGGUUUUUGUGACUGGAACAACGACGCGGAGGACGAUUUCGAUUGGACCAUAAGUCGUGGCAGCGAUAAUCCCACAACCGGCCCGGCGAUGGACAGCUCCAGCGACCGCGCCACUGCCGGCGGUUACGCGUACAUAGACUCCAACUUCCCACGACGACCUGGCGACAUAGCGAAGCUGGUAAGCUCGAGCUUCCCGGCGACCAGCGCGGACGCGCCGAUGUGCAUGCACUUCUGGUUCCACAUGUUCGGCUCUGGUGUCGGUUACCUCAAGCUCUACCUACGUCACUUUCGCAGCUCGGACAAUCAGCUGCAGGAGAUCUGGGGGCUGUCCGGGAACGCUGGCAACGCUUGGUUCAUGUCUCAAGUGACGAUCAGCUCGCUCGACGACUUCCAGCUGGCGUUCGAGGCGUCGGUGGGCAACACCGGCAUGGGUGAUAUCGCCAUUGACGAUGUUUCGUACGGACAGGGUGCCUGCCCCGUUUCACCACAAGUGGCCGGUCCGAUACCUCGAGACUGCACCUUCGAAGUCGACGAGUGCGAGUGGAUCAAUUCGCGCGACCCGGACCGCGUCGAGUGGGAGCGAAUGUCCACGCAGGUGUUGGGUCCGAGGAACCAGAGGAAGCCAUACAGCAACGGGCACACGGUUAACCGACGCAACGAGUAUUUCCUAGGACUCGCGCGUCUGCGAGGUGGCCCGCGAUCGUCCGGAGGCGGCACUGCUCAGCUGGUCAGUCGAGAGAUGAAAGGUUCCGAGGAACCGCUAUGUAUCACGUUCUGGUAUUUCAUGUUCGAGCCGUUCAUCGACUCCACAGGACCCAGCUUAGGCGUCUUGCGGCUGUACGUGCAAGCGGCAGGCGACACCUCGGCGGAAGCCAAACCGAUAUGGCAAUUGUACAACAACCAAGGACCCACGUGGAGCUACGCUCAGGCUAACAUCAACGAGAACACAAACUUCAACAUCGUGUUCGAGGGCACAUGGGGUCCGAACAGAGCGAGCGGUAGCAUUGGAAUCGACGAUAUCGCAUUUUAUACUGGAAACUGCAGCAUUAAACCACUGAGCGCGGCCGUCCGUGCGGAAGACUGCAGCUUCGAGAAAGGUCUGUGCGGAUGGGAAAACACGACUGCCUCCGACAAUGACCGGGCCGUGAUGUGGCAGCGUGCUUUCCAGACCCAUCGACCAGCUCAGUUGUUAGACAAGACAUUCGGCGCGACCGGUGAUUUUGUGUUCUUCGACAUCUUCACGAACAACAAGCAGUCGACGACGGUGCAGCUGCGGUCGCCUGUAAUCAGCGCUUCACCCGACGAGGAGUUCGUCUGUUUAACCUUCUGGUUCGCUGCUUUCGGCGUAGAGGAGUCCACUACUCUACGGGUGAUCAAAGCGCCUGCUGAGGAAGAUGGUAACGAGGAAAGCGAAGGCGAGCAGGAACAGGCGUUGUGGUCACUGACGGCAAAAGGGUUGAACAAUCCACGACCAGUGUGGAUGGCGGCGCAGGUGAUGAUCGAGGCCCGUACCCCGUACCGAUUGAUCCUCGAGGGAAGUGCGAGUAACGGUGGCUUUGCCGUUGACGACAUAAAGUUUCAGCCGAUGGGAUGUAGAACUCGACCAGCCAGUGCUCAGCCGACCGAAAACGAGACAUAAGAAGAUGAAUACCGAAUGAAGAAUGCUGAAGUGAUCAUGAGAUGAAGAAGAAACUGCCUGUAAUAUUAGAAGAAUCUUUUUUUACACAUCAACUAGGAGCUAUUAUGUAUAAAGCUGCAACGAUAGCGCAAGUAGAACAUGCAAUAAAAUCUUUUGCUCAAGGUGAAUUGUAAUGUAAGACUAUCAUAUAGUUAAUGAAACAUCAUAGCUAAUUAAACGCGCACAAUUGAUUAAACUGCGUAGCAAAAGUGAUUAGUCUCAGUAAUUUCGAUGGUAUCAAAUAUGUACUUUUGUUACAUGACGCACAUAUGAACAUCUUAAUGAUGUACAUUACGCAUACACGUUUACGAGCAACAUUUUAAGGUUCGGAGAAUACAAUAAAGCCAAACAUCUGUCUCCCGUGUA